CUCCCUCUACACCGGUGGGACCCUGCUCGUCGCCUUCUCCACCCCAGAGCUGGCAGUGCUGCUCUUCCCGGCCAUGUCCAUGCUGUCGGUGGGUGGCAUCCUCCUCAUCCUCACCAACAUGCAGGUGGGCAACCUCUUUGGGAAGUACCGCUCCAUCAUCAUCACCCUCUACAACGGGGCCUUUGACUCCUCGUCUGCCAUCUUCCUCAUCAUCAAGGUGCUGUACGAGCGGGGGCUGUCCCUGCGUGCCAUGUUCCUCUUCCUGUCGGCCUGCAGCGCCUGGCACCUCCUGCGCACUCUCUUCCUCAUGCCCCGCACCCGCAUCCCCUACCCGCUGCGCCCCGCCUACGACUAUGGGUAG